UUUUUCGCAACGUCCUUAUAUUUCCAUGAACACAAUCAUCGUGUGUGAUGCGAUGGUUUUGUGCCAUUUUGAAAAAUUCUUUCCUUUUUAUGCAGGUGUCCUUUAUAAAUUAUUGAUGAUAACGUGGCGAACAAGUAUUGAUUUCCUCAGUUUUUGUUGUUUCAUCGGUAUGAUUAUUGUCGUAACUGUCACGGUAGGUUAUCAUCCCGAUGACGGUGUCUAUUCCGUCUUUAUUAGGUGAACGUUUUGGCUUUUGCGUUUAUUCGCCGAGUAAAACUAAGUGUUACAUGACUCUUUUAAACUUGGGCUUUCACUGAAAUUGUUGAUUAAAAAGCGUCUGUGGUUAGUGCAUGUGUGUGCACUUCGCCCUUAUUUGAUUCGCAUUCCCCGAUUCAAAAAUUGAUCGCCGCAGAUGCUUUUGAUAUUUUGUUUUAAAAAAAUGCUGCAAUCCAUAAAUAGCAAACUCUUAUCUUUCCCCCUAUCGUGUCUUUGACUGCUUCGGCAUUUUGGCAACAUUCUUUCGAGUUUGAAAACCCGUUAACUUUAACGAAAGGAAAAGGAAUUUAAAUAUUGAUAUCCUAUCUCGCAUACGUUUAAUUAAAAAAAUACAGGCAUGUUGUAGUCUACUCUUUGUGGUCACGCGUGAUCAUGCGCACUGUGUUUUACUAGAGACGAUGCAUUUCCCCAGUUCUUGUUCAGCUGUAAUGGUGACACAAUGCGUAACAAAGAGCUCUGGUUCCAAGUCCGUCUUUUAAGUCACAAACUGCGGGAAGAUCAUUCGAUUAGCGAUGGAGGCGUGGUGUGCGUAUCGAUCCCAGCUCAGACGAGCACGUUGCAGCUAAAAUACCAAGUCUACCGACAGCUCAAUUUGGUCCACAUUGUCGACGAAGAAAAGGUUGUCUUUAAACUUCGUGAUCCUAGCGGUGCUUUGAUUCCCCUUUCCAAUCAGUUGGAAUCUAACGACAGUUCUCGUCCUUUCAUUCUUGAAGUCGUAGACAUCCAUCAGCACAUUUCUUUUGAUUUAGUUGAAGCCACCGAUUGGCAAACCCCUGACAUUGACCGCACGGAGAACUUGACAAGCCAAAUCGGCUCUCUGAAUGAUCGCGUUGAAGAUUUGGAACAUAGGAUGGAUGAUUUGUCGGAAGAUUACGCGGAUAAACUAGCGGAAGAAUUACAAUUUCUAUCGAAUCAGACGGCAGAUCUUAGAAAAUUGAUGGUGGAUAAUAAAGACGAAUAAAGAUUUCCGUUUUGCCGUAAUCCGUUUUCUUUGGACACGAGGAUCCGUAAGUGCUUCGUUGAUUGUUGGACGAUAUAUUUUGACAGCGCAAAAAAAACACCUUUACGAGAAUCUUGGCGGUUGUUGCCGUUGUUAUUACCGCAGGCUCCCACCUGCCGUCAUCGUUCAAUUUCUCUGUGAUUCCCCCCCCUUCCUCGAAAAGUCAUAACUCAAUGACCAUCACCACUACCGUGGCAUUCGUGCGCUUUCUCCGACAGCAUUUCGUGCCAUUGGAGAUUGGUACGUGCCGGGUGUUGAAGGAAUGAGGGGCAAAACAGAAACUAAUUUUCCACAUCUGCAUGCAAACGAAAAUCUACUUUACAAUUGACUUUGUCGCGUCCCAGUUAGCGCCCGUCACAUCAGUUGUUUUUCUUGACGUACUGCGCACCAUCUUUGAGACCAUUAACCGAGCUCCGCCGAGCACCGCGGUAAUUACUGACAUGUUGUUCAUUACUAAAGCUUUCAGUCAAUUUUUAUCCUGCGGUUGGUAGUUAAAUCACGGAACUUUUUAUCUUUUUGACAUGUGCAAUUUAUUGCUUUUAACUUUCUCUACGCCAUUAAAACUAAUUCUACUUUGAAACGUUUUGCGUAGUGCCCGUUUUUAUAGGCGUAGCGAAUUGUUAAUUGCUACAAAAGGUCAAGGAAACUGUAACUUCAAUUUUCUUUUUCAAUUCUUUAUGCUAUUCUUUUGUUUUUUUCCCCAAUUUGAAAGAAACGCGACCUUCUUUCGAACAAAUAGUUUCAAUCAAUUUCAGUUAUUUGGAAACGAACAACCAUUUGACACGCUCACCAAUUAAACAGGUCUUAACAUAGAAACGCUGCCUAAUCGCUGUCUGUCCAUUUUUUUAAUUCGAUGAUUGUAGAGUGCUGAUAAAGUUGUUUGCGCCUCUGAAUACUUUAUGGUGUCCCGAAAGUGACAGCCACAUUUUACAAUCGCUUAUACUAUCCACUACAUUUUACGACAUCUUUGCGGUAUAGUCUUGCCGAUUUACAUUUCCUGGGCGAACGAGUUGUGCUUCCCGUUCAAAACGUAAUUACAAUGUUCACCGAAAUGAUUGAUCGAUCGAUGGGUAACCCUCUGAGCGGAAAGCUGUUUUUGUUUUGUCUUUCCCGACGUCUUUUUUUAAAAAUGCCUGCAGUUAAUGGUCUGUAUAGAGUUUCCAAUUCCACGAAUAAUUUUUUUUUUUUAGAUAGACUUGCAAAUAGGCCACUCGAUCUCUUGAUAUACAUAUUUUUUUUUUCAAAUCAGAGACCUAUAUCCAAAUUGAAUCAUUAGACAAAUGUAUCGGUACGUUGCUGGUAUGAAAGACCGCAGUGAACAAUCGAAAUCGAGGCCAGUCAACCAAGAUCAACUCUGGUGAUUGUAUCAAUAAUUAAAAGAAAAAGAAAGUGUAUACGGGUGCAUUCAUUUUGUUGUUCUCUUUCGGUGCAGGCAUCUUUUGUGUUAUUUGCAUUAAUAAUUAGUCGAGCGUUCAACUCAUGUCAUGCGGAAAGGGCGACAACAAGAAUCUGGUUCAUAAAGAAUUUAUUCAUUUAAGGAAUUCUUUUGUUUCGCGAACCACUUUCUCUCGUUUGAAGAACACUGGGAACGUGUUCAACAAUUUUGACUACAAUUCCUGCCCAUUUAGUUGAGUUAUUUCCCACAGCAUAUCAGUCAAACAACGAGCGCGUAAACUCACGCUCAGCUUUAUAUACCAGUCUUUGUUGUUCUUUUUUGAAACUUUCUUCUCGAUUUGUUGUGGGUGUUGUCGAACCCACUUCCGGGAGAUCCGGAACUGUUAUUUUUUGUUGUCUGUGUUGACGUCGUUUUGUUUUUUCCUGUUGCCCAACCUUGGCUCGGUUCUUUCACAAAAAAAAAAAAAAAAUUCGACUCAUCCUUGAAAUACCGUAAUUCGAACUUCAACAGCCUGUUGUAAUGGUCUAUUUGCUUUUAUGUCUUUUUACUAAGCAGGUAUUCAGUUUCAUAUAAGAAUAGUUUUUUUUUUUUUUUAACGAUUACGGUAUCUUCUCUUUAUGAAUGACAUAAGGAUAAGUACCGUACCAUGACGGGAUGGCUCGAGCGAACUGACCGUUUCCGUUUGGGCUUGCUAACUUUUCUCGAAAGGCUCAAAUGUAAAACAUUUGGAUGUAAAAGACGGUGUAUUUGCGAGCUCUUGUUAAUUUCAUAUUUUUUUUUUUUUGUCAUAUGUUGUUAUAUGUACACACAUUGAGCCGGACUUUUAAUUAUAUCAAAACACGGUAAAAAGAUUUUCGUAUAAGGCCAUCAUGUUGUGGGGAAUGGGGAGGGGGGGGGGGGCACUUAAACACUUACAAAUAAAAAAAAAAACACACUCACGAAUAUUGUCAUUAACGAUGAGGAAAUACUUCGUAUAAUCUUUUU